AUGGCGAUUCUACUCAAAAAUAUUUCUCAAAUAGUUAAUGUUACAAGAAACUCCAAACAAAUCUUUAUGGUGGACGGCUACGACCUCUUUUGCGUUACAAGUGACCCUGAUUCAAAGAGCAAAUAUGCUAUUCUCUUAGACAGAACGGGCAUAAUUUUCUCCGAAAUAUGUAGUAUGUAUGCUAAUCCUCAGCCAAUGCUUUUUGGUUUCGUUGUUCGUUUUAGCGAUGGAAACAUAUUAUCUUACGGCUCGGAAGACGUGAUUAUUUGCCCAAACUACGAAUACGAUACCGUAAUUGAUUGUAAAGGCGGUGCAGUUUUGCCAGGUUUCACUGAUGCCCACACCUAUCCGGUGUGGGGUGGUGAUCGCGAGGACGAUUUCUUUCAAAAGGUGGCUGGAGCUUCCUAUAUGGAAUUGAGCGAUAAUAUGAACUCCUCCGAGUUGGACUACACUGUCGAUCGGACUGCCAAUGCAAGUGAGGACAGCCUUUACGCAGCCACACUUGCAAGGAUACGGUCGAUGGCAAGCAAAGGGACAACAACCAUCGAGUGCAAAACGGACUAUAGUUUGAAUUGGGCUACGGAGAAGAAAAUUCUCAGGGUUCUCACGAGGCUUAAAAGGGAGAUCCCGUUGGAUAUAUCCAUAACUUACUUUGCGGCUAGCGUACUUCCAAAAAACUCAACAACUGAUGCGAUCACAGAAGACGUUGUCAAUACAAGAUUGCCAGAGUUACAAAGUUCAAUUGAAAAUGGAGAAAUCAUUGUAGACAAUAUUGACGUGAGGUGUGCUGAGGGUUUCUUUAACGUUGAACAGUCCAGACAAAUUCUUAGCAAAGCGCAGGCGAUGGGUCUUAAGCUAAACUUCCACGCCGAGAGCAUCUCUAACGGUUCAUCUGCGGAGGUGAGUCUGUCUGAUGAAUGGCAUGGCCGUUUUCAAAAAUCUGGUGUUUUGACCCUACUUGCGGCUUCGCUGAUGGCGCGAGCGGUGAGUCACUUGGACGAGGUGUCACCAGCGGGGGUGGCCGCCCUGACGGGUUCGCGCACAGCUGCGGUCCUUCUACCCACCACGACAUUGCUGCUCCGCCACCAACCCCCACCCGCCAUCGCCAUCGCUCAGGCCGGUGUGCCUAUCGCCCUUGGUACUGACUUUCGCGCCAACCUCUUUUGCACCUCUAUGCCUAUCGUGAUGUAUCUAGCCUGCACGACUUUGGGUAUGACCCUGGAGCAGGCCAUCACCGCAGCGACAAUCAACGCAGCUUAUAGCAUCGGUCUUUCCCACCGGGUGGGUGCCAUUACGGAGGCACGUCAAGGCGAUUUUGUGGUCAUCAAUACAAGGAGGUGGGAAAGCAUCAUAUUCAGACUGGGCGAAUCACAAGAUUUGAUUGAAUAUGUCAUCAAGAAGGGACGGAUCAUCUACUCCAAGACAACUGGUCACGUGAUCUUUUAA